GGAUGUCGAACGACUUGAUACAAUAAACUACUCGUGUUGGGGAGUUGGAAAUUUCAGCGCACUUGACACCAGUAGUCAUGGCAUAGCGAUCAAUCCCUGUUGAUGCCAUUAACCCCACGAGUGGCCCGGGGAAACGGUGGGAAGCGACCCGUUUCGUCGCUUGAGAGCCGGGGACGUGUUUAUAUUGCCUUCUUUUGAUUUUCCAUCGUUUUCUCUACCUGUUGAACGGUGUUUGUGCAGUGAUGUUUUAUGAUGAUGGGAUAUGUGAAGUAUUAUGUGCUACACAAUCCCAGUUGGUUAUGGAGAAUGCUACAAGCCAGCAUUCCACCUAACUUUUCAUGUCUUUAGGCUUUCCCCAAUCCCACUUUCCCCAGUGCUUACCCGCUUUAUGGGCACACGGUCAUUUUUGGAGGGUCUUCCUCCGGUGAACAUGGGGGCAAAAGUGGGCGUAGAAGUGGAUUUUCAUGAAUCGUGCGCGUCUUAUCGUGACAAACAACCAACGGAUAAGUCCUCGGGUUAUCCGCAGUGUUUCCACGGGUGAUGCCGAUCGCUUACCUCUCUUGGCUCUUAUUGUUAUCGGUAUUGCUUAGGAUAUCGUUGAGAACAGCCUACAAGAACAGGAGACAUGGCCAGACUUGAAGGGAUCAAUUUUGCACUGUGUCCAAUUUCUUCGACGCCUUUCAAUCUCACCAAAUGGAUUCCUCAAACGAGAAGAUGGAGAAAACCAAAUCGAACCCUAAAGUUGCGGAUUUCAGUGAGGGAGAGGUUUCGAACCUGGACGAAGCCGAUAUUUUCCUACGCGACAACAACUUCAGCCCAGAGUACAUCCAGGAACUGCUCGCCGACAAAGAUCUGAAUAAACUUUUGGUCCGAAAGAUAGAUUUAAUAUUACUGCCUCUUCUUGCCGGCACUUAUGUGCUCCAAUAUAUCGACAAGUCUGCAUUGGCUUAUUCAGCAGUCUUUGAUAUACUCACAGACACAAAUACUUCAUUGUACCAGUACAGCUGGUUGGGCAGUAUCUUCUAUUUUGCCUACCUAAUCGCUGAGUACCCAUGGUCAUACCUGGCACAGAAGACUCUGAUGGCAAAGGUUGUGGCUGGGUGUAUCAUUUCUUGGGGGAGCAUCUUGAUGAUUACGGCAGCUUGCAGCAAUUUUACUGGACUUGCGAUCUGUCGUUUUCUUCUAGGCGUGUUUGAAGCACCAAUUACACCGUGCUUCAUGAUGAUUGUUGGCAUGUGGUACACACGUCAAGAACAACCAUUGCGGGCUGGAGUUUUCUACUGCUGCAACGGCGUCGGCUCAAUGGUUGGAGGUGUUCUCACUUACUGUAUCGGACAGGUCAACACUUUCCCUGUAUGGAAGCUGAUCUUUCUCAUCUGCGGUGCGGUCACCGUUCUAUGGGGGUGCUUGAUCCUCUGGCUUUUACCAGACAACAUCAUCUCGGCUAAGCGAUUUAGUCUCGAGGACAAGGCAGUCCUUAUUGGACGUGCCAAACUCGGACGGACUGGGGUGCUCAACAGAACAAUCAAGUGGUACCAAAUUAAGGAAGCUAUCCUUGACCCCCAAGUUUUGCUCCUCGCACUUUACAUGCUCCUCAAUGAGGUCAUCAACGGUGGUAUUGCGAACUUUGGCAAGCUUAUCAUUAAGGGACUUGUCAAAAAACCACUUCUCACCACUGCCCUCGGUAUCCCACAAGGCGCUUUUCAAGUAUUCUGGAUUCUUGGUGGAACUUUCCUUGCAUCGCGUUUCAAGAAUGCUCGCACAAUCGUCAUGAUGAUGUACCUCAUGCCUACCAUCGUCGGCGCCUGUCUCUUGUGGAAGAUGGGCCGUGAGACACAAGCUGAGAAAGUUGGUGUUCUGUUCGGUUAUUACAUCUCCGGAUCAUACGUAACUGGUCUCGUCCUCGCCCUCCAGAUGCCUGCUACAAACUUGGGAGGAUAUACGAAACGUACGACUGGAGUGGCGAUAGUCUUCAUGACAUAUUGUGUUGGAAACAUCAUCGGCCCACACGCAUUCAUCGCAAGUGAAUCACCAAGAUACCCAACAGGCUGCAAAGUCAUUCUUGCCUGUUCAGUAACACAGGUUGCAAUUGCUCUUGCCUUGCGAACACUUCUCAUAGCUCGCAACAAGAAGCGAGACGCAGCUGCGCCCGCCGGAACGAACGCUGAGUUUAACGCAGUUGAGGAAAAUGGUGGGGAUCUCACCGAUUUCGAGAAUCGAAACUUCCGAUAUAUUUAUUAAGUACCUGGUAACUGGGAAUAAUGAGCAGUACGAUAUUUGUAGAUGAAUGUAUAUGAUUGACGAAGACGGAAUAUGAAUUACUAAAUAUGACGAGAAGAACGUUGCUCUCUCAGAUCUCGUAUAUCGUCUCAUUUCGAGACUUCGAACACUUGCGCACGAUUUUCGCCAGACUUCCGGCAUGAAAAAGAGUGUUUCUUUAUGUGCAG